UGAACCGGAUGUCCCCCAUUUGAUGCUGUGCCCGUGGGGGCGAGGGGUUUGUUUCAUUUUCCAACGCUCACCGGGAAAAUAUAGAAAAUAAACCCAUAAUUGAGGAUUUUGAGCAUCCUCUGGGUUGCCAAUUCAAGGCUCGAUCUCCUCCUGAUGUGUGCUCCCUUCGUUUCUUGAUCUCUUUUCUGGAGCUUGCCAAUUAUCAAUGGAGGUUCCGGACAUGGAAGACAAGAACAACGAAAGUCGUAUGACGUCAGCUGCAGCCUUUGUGGAAGGGGGCGUUCAAGAAGCAUGUGAUGAUUCUUGCAGCAUAUGCCUUGAGGAUUUUAGUGAAAGCAAUCCUUCAGCGGUUACUACUUGCAAGCAUGAUUUUCACCUGCAGUGCAUUCUUGAAUGGUGUCAGAGGAGCUCCCAGUGCCCUAUGUGUUGGCAGUCUAUUAGUUUCAAGGAUUCUACAAGUCAAGAAUUGUUUGGGGCUGUGGUUCAGGAAAGGAAUUUGAGAGCUACUUCCUCAAGAAAUGCAACUAUUUUCCAUCACCUCGCUGGUCUUGGUGAUUUUGACUUGCAGCAUUUAUCCAUGGGAGUAAGUGAAGCAGAUAUUGAAGAGAGGAUAAUUCAACAUUUAGCUGCUGCUACAGUCAUGGGAAGAGGCUUCAACCUUGGUUGGAGAGAAGGAAAUAGGACUAGAUCAUUCCCUCACGGUCGUCCUCCCUUCAUAGUGUUCUCAACUCCUCCACCCGGUGCUGUGUCUGCUGCUGCAGGGGGAACUGAACCAACUGCAAUUCCUAUAGGAAAUCCGUCUACCCCACUUACAUCUGGAGUUGAACCAUCACAGCAGAUCCCAGCCCUUCAAACAGAGAGUUCUUUACCUCCUGGAUAUACUGACAUGGCGACAAAUCGUCAAAGAAUUCUUUUUAAUGAUAGAAGUUCUGCUGUCCGUUCUGUACCACCUGACCAGGGCAGAGCAGGGCCAUCAGAACUUCAGUCAUUUUCCGAGUCUCUGCGAUCCAGACUUGGUUCAGUGUCUAUGAGAUACAAAGAGACUAUUUCAAAGGGCGCAAGGGGAUGGAAGGAAAGGCUGUUCUCUCGUAGCACUUCCAUGUCUGAUAUUGGUGCAGAAGUCAGGAGAGAGUUGAAUGCUGGAAUUGCUAGUGUAUCCCGCUUGAUGGAGCGCCUUGAAACAAGAGAAAAGAACGAUAGACAAGGGGAUAGUUCUUUGUCGAAUCAUGUGGCUGCAGAGACAAGCAACUCAAACAAUGCCGAAGCUAGUGAGGUUAACACUCUGUGUGACAAAGCUCCAGCAGCUUGUUCUGCUGGCCCACGCUCAGACUGAGAUCUGUUAUGUUUCUGCUAUUGCAUCUUCCCUCAGCGUCUCAUAUUUGAAGUUGCUAUGAAGCAUCAAGCAUGGUUUAAACAUGAUUAUAUGAAGCCCUUGCGGUGUUGUUGCAGGCUAAUUGAUACUCCAGAAAUGACAUGCUGAGGAGCAGAUGAUUUGGGAAUAGUCAUUGCUAUUAUAUGCUCGUAUGCUCCAAUUUACAAUAAAAUUUAACAUCUGAGACACUUAUGCUUCAAGUUAUGUAUGAUUGAUUUUCUUUUCUUUUUCUUUUUAAAAUGUAAAUAUGAUAUAGAUAACGGUGACGGCCGGCAAUGUUGAUGAUUACUGCGUAUUUAAGCAAUUGGCGUCUACUCCGAACAUAUUAUAUCUUAAGGAGGCUGUCCCAAUCUUUGCGACUGCCCACAGUCUGUACUCGUAUUUGUUAUCUUAAUGCUGUGAUGUCUCAUUUAUGCUAUUUA